CAGACGUCUGGGAGUAAAAAUCCGGUAAUAGUUAGUUGUCCGUGAAAGAAGGCAACAGAAGCAGAAACAACAAGAAGUAGUGGAUUUGUUAUGAACCUAGCAGCAAAGCGCCUAGGGAUGUACAUGUAUGUAUAUAUAUGUACGUCCGUCAAUCUACCCUCCUAUAUAAUCAUCUCUAUCACAUUCUUUGGUUUCGUAUUUUUUCCCUUCUGAAAUACAGUCAUUCAUUCAUUCAUUCAUUCAUCAUCCCAAAAUCAAUACACUCUUGCUAUCAAGUUCAUUCAGCAUGCGUUUCUUGCUCUUCGCCUCCACAGUUGCUCUGUCUCUCUUUGGCUCAGUCAUUGCUGGUAAUGAUGGAUGCGGUAGUGGGAAAGAGAUGAUGAUCGACGCCCCCGUGGGAAAACCAUUGGGUCAGAAUCGAGAAUCAGACAAGUUCUGCGACGCCCGAUGGCAGGACGGCAAUGUGAUUACAGGUAUCCGCGUAUGGUGGAUGAAGUUCCAAAUCAAGGCUGUCCAGUUCCGAUUUGCUGGCAACGAUUGGGGAGAUGUUCACGGCGACAACUCAGAUAGUAGUGAUGAACAGUACAAGGAGAAGACAUGGGGCGAAGACGAUACAAUUGAAAUGGAGCUUUGGAACAACAAGCCUGAUGACGGUGAUCCUAUGGAUGCUGUCGGCAAAAUUCGCAUCACCCAGUCUGGUAAAGAAGAUUUCAACGCUGGAGGCUCCAAGAUAGCCAGUGACUCGAUGAAGAUAAACACUGGAAGUGGUAAACUUCUAGCUGUCAUGGGUGCUGCUGCAGCUGAUGGACACGUUUCCAGUCUCGUAUUCCAUUUCCUCAAAUCCAGCAUCAAGUCUAUGCAGAUCACCAAAAUAGAUUUGAAGAACGAUUUUGACGAGUGGGCAAAGGAUAAGAAAAACGGACCACAAAGAGUUAGGAAAGAUGAGCAGUGGCAUGUGAACAUGGAACCCUUAGGAAGCGCAAACGACAAAAUCACCCUGGAGCAAGUGUCUUCAACGUCACAGUCCAAGACACUCACCAGAUCAAGCACACGCACCUUUGGAUACCAUAUGGAUGUAUCCAUAGAAGCCGGCAUUGAAUUUGAGGGAAUUGGCGGUAUUAAAACAACAAUGUCGACGGGUUUUGAGGAGUCCGAGUCGUCGACAACGACCGAAUCGAAUACCGAAGGCAGCGAAGAUGGCGUCAAACGCACCACUACAGUCGAGGUCGCGCCACAGAAAGCAAGGCUCUGUACACUGACGGAUGAGGGAGGUCAGUUCGAUUCGCCCUAUACUGCCACAAUCAAGGCGACGCUGGAAAAUGGUAAAUACUUCGAGUACAAAAGUGGUGGGGAAUAUGUCUCAGUGCAGUGGUCAAAAGGAGUCUCUCGCUGCGAGGCGUCCGUCCCUCUUAAGGAAGCCCCGAAAAGCGCACUCGAGCAAAAACCCAAGAAGUCUUACCGCUUGGCUCGUUUCAUCAGCGCUGCAUAA